GAUAUCUCUGUCGUGCUCGCAACGAGAAAGCUGGUUGAUGAAAAGACUCAAGAAAUACAAACGUUUCUUGAUAAAACUCGUAAUGCAUCAGAAAGUCUUGUCAUUGAUGGUCCAAGUGUUGGGUUGCCUCUCCCAACAUCAGAACUAGUUGGUGCGAAAGCUGUGAGAGAUGAAAUUUGGCAAUUUAUAAUGCAGGAGGAGGUGAGCAUGAUUGGGGUUUGGGGGGUUGGUGGCUUGGGUAAAACCACCAUUAUCAUGCACAUCCAUAAUGAUCUUUUGAAAGAAAGUAGAUUUGAUAAAGUAAUUUGGGUUACUGUGUCAAAGGAUUUCAAUGUUACAAAGUUAAAAGAUGAUAUUGCAAGUCAAUUGGAUUCGAAGGAAAAUUUGGUCAGAGAAAAAGAAGAGGUUAGACGAGCGGCAAUCUUGUCAGAAAUGAUGAAGAAAACUGGAAAGCAUGUUCUAAUCCUAGAUGAUGUGUGGGAUAUAUUAUCGCUGGAGGAAGUUGGGAUCCCUAAGCCUAGUAGCAGCAACGGAUGCAAGUUGGUGUUGACAACACGUUCGAGGCAAGUCUAUAAACUUAUGGGUUGUAGGGAUAUACCAGUGACACUCCUUUUAGAAGAAGUAUUGUUACUAUUCUUGAAUAAAGUUGGACCUAACAUAACACAAAGGAAAGCUAUAAUGCCAACUUUGAGGCUCGUUGUCAAUGAAUGUGCUUGUUUUCCUCUUACAAUUGUAGUGGUAGCUGGUACAUUGAAAGGAGAAGAUGACCCUCAUAUUUAGAAAAAUGCACUCAAUGAAUUGAAAAGGCGAAUAUGGAUGGUGGAAGGAGUAGAAGCUGAAGUGAUCGAACGUUUGAAAUUUAGUUUUGAUCAUUUAAAAGACGAGAAA